CUAAACCCCCAUCAAAACGGGAUAGUAGGACCUGCCGGUGCUGGAGAAUCUGAGAUAACAGGUUGUAGAGCUGGAUGAACACAGCAGGCCAGGCAGCAUCAGAGGAGCCGGAAGGCUGACGUUUCGGGUCGCGACACUUCUUCAGAAUAACCUUUCUGUAUGAGGAUCUCGACCCGAAACUUCAGCUUUCCGGCCCCGUAACGCGAGAGGCGUGGUCGGCGCUCGGACUACAGUUCCCAGCCUUCCCUGCGAUCGGGGCUCAUGGGUCGCGCACGCGCGUUCCCCACAUACGACGACGACGACGACGUCGACGGUUGCGCCUUCCUCUCCUCGAACUCUGACAUUUCAUCUUCUGGCGCGUGAGGAGAGAAGGUGAAAGAGUGUGAGGGGUUGGGGAGGGUAGGUUGUCCAUGGAAACGGUUUGUGCUGCUUGAAAGGGACGAUGAAGCUGUACUGCUUGUCUGGUCAUCCGACAUUGCCAUGCAAUGUCUUGAAGUUCAAAUCAACCACCAUUAUGCUCGACUGUGGGUUAGACAUGACCUCAGCCCUUCAUUUCUUACCUUUACCGCUUGUCCACAGCCCAAGACUUUCCAAACUUCCAGGCUGGAUUUUAAAAGAUGGUAAUACCAUGCUAGAGAAGGAGCUGAAAGAUUGUGCCGGACGAGUAUUCGUUGACUCUGUGCCAGAGUUCUGCCUACCAGAGACAGAGUUGCUGGACCUCUCCACUGUAGAUGUGAUCCUGAUAUCAAAUUAUCACUGUAUGAUGGCAUUGCCAUAUAUUACAGAGCACACUGGCUUUACUGGCACAGUCUAUUCCACUGAACCCACAAUGCAGAUUGGAAGGCUUCUCAUGGAGGAGCUAGUCAACUUUAUGGAGCGUGUACCAAAGCCGCAGUCUGCCACCUACUGGAAGAACCGUGAAAUGCUCAGGCACUUACCUGUCCCUCUAAAGGAUGCUGUGGAGGUUUUGACAUGGAAGCGUUGUUACACAAUGCCAGAGGUUAACUUGGCUCUAAGCAAGGUUCAGCUUGUAGGGUACUCUCAGAAAAUAGAGUUAUUCGGUGCAGUACAGAUCACACCACUCAGCUCAGGCUACUGUUUGGGUAGCUCCAAUUGGAUCAUCCAGUCGCACUACGAGAAAGUGGCCUAUGUGUCUGGAUCCUCAUUGCUCACCACACAUCCACAGCCCAUGGAACAAACCUCUCUGAAAAAUAGUGAUGUCCUUAUCCUGACUGGACUGACACAGAUUCCGACCGCUAAUCCUGAUGGCAUGUUGGGAGAAUUCUGCAGUAAUCUAGCUGUGACUGUCCGAAGUGGUGGGAAUGUCCUGGUUCCAUGCUAUCCCUCGGGAGUAAUUUACGACCUUCUGGAAUGUCUGUAUCAAUACAUUGACUCAGCUGGACUGUCCACUAUCCCAUUUUAUUUCAUCUCUCCUGUGGCCAACAGCUCGCUGGAGUUUUCUCAGAUCUUUGCAGAGUGGCUUUGUCACAACAAACAGUCAAAAGUCUACCUGCCAGAGCCGCCAUUCCCACACGCAGAGCUGAUUUUGACCAAUAAAUUGAAGCAUUAUCCCAGUAUACAUGGGGAAUUCAGCAAUGACUUCAAGCAGCCCUGCGUGGUAUUUACAGGCCACCCUUCCCUACGUUAUGGGGACGUUGUACACUUCCUGGAGCUGUGGGGAAAAUCCAGCCUCAACACCAUCAUUUUCACAGAACCGGAUUUCUCCUAUCUCGACGCUUUGGCACCAUACCAGCCACUGGCUAUGAAAUGUGUUUACUGUCCAAUUGAUACUCGAUUAAACUUCAUUCAAGUUUCAAAAUUAUUGAAGGAGGUUCAGCCAUUGCAUGUUGUGUGUCCAGAACAAUAUACUCAACCUCCACCUGCCCAAUCGCACCGCACUGAUCUGAUGAUUGACUGCCAGCCCCCACCAAUGGCCUACCGGAGGGCUGAAGUGCUGACCCUCCCCUUCAAACGGCGCUAUGAGAAGAUUGAGCUCAUGCCUGAUCUCGCCGAGUCCCUGGUGCCUUCUGAGAUAAAACCUGGCAUUUCCAUGGUAACUGUGUCUGCAGUACUACAGACCAAAGACAAUAAGCACAUUCUGCAGCAUGGCAUCACAGAUGUCAAAGUUGAAGACACGCCGGAGGGACAUAUUGUCCACCUUCAGUCUGAAGAUACACUCGUCCAAAUUGAAGAAGAUUCCACUCAUAUUAUUUGUGACAACAAUGAACCACUUCGCACCAAGCUCCGUGACUUAGUCCUCAAAUUUCUACAAAAGCUAUGAGUGAGGCUUUGACCUUUUGUGACUAAUUUUUAGUAGCUUGUGAAUUUCAGACUCACUGACCGGAGCAUGAUAUAAAUGGUUGUCAGAGGAUACUAUGCACUGUCAUAGGAAUGGGCCGUUUUAGUCCCUGAAGCCAGUUGUACCAUUUGUUUAGAUCAUGGGUGUUCUAUAGCUUCAUCUUGCUUAUGUAACCCUUAAUAAUUUCACCUAUCAAAAAUCUAUCAAACUUAGGUUUUGCAAUUUUCAAUUGACUGCCCAGUCUUAAUAGUUUUUGGAGAGUUCUGGAUUUUAACUUGCCAUGGACAGUUUUCUAACGUUACUCUGAACAGCCAAGCUCGAGUUUUAAGGCUGUGCUAACCUUGUUUUAGAAUUGUGCAUUAGAGGAAAGGUUUCCUUUUUCUUUUUUUGCUUUUUUUCUCUCUGUGUGUGUAUCUCUCUGUCUGUCUGUCUGUCUCUCUCUCAUUGACUCUGCAACCCAAAACCAUUAAUCAUUGUAAGUAUUGUGCUAGGUAAUCUCAAUUAGAUCAACCCUUAAUCCUCUGUUCAGAUUCACACACAAGCAGAUGCUGACAAAAUGGCAAAUGUGAGGCUUGAGGGGUUUAAAAACUUCACCUUGACCUUAAGGCUGGACAAAGGCUUUGAUCUCAUUCCCUAACCACGCAUGUACAGCUUGAAAUUUUACGAGUGAAAGGGGAUAGUUAAUCAAUUGAUAGCAUAAUGCUGAUGUUGGCUGUGGCUGAGCUGAUAGUGCUUUUGAUUCAUAAAGUUGUGGAGUAGAAUUCCCACUGCAGAGACUUCAGAAAAAUGUAGACUGAUGCUUCAGUGCUGUACUGAGAGUGUGGCACUAUCAGUAGGGCUGACCUUUUGAUUAAACAUUAAACCAGAUUCAUCAGCCUUUUCAGGUGCACAUAAAAGGUACAAGGACAGAAAAAGAACAGUGGCGUUCUCCCUGAUGACAGUGACCAAAACUUAAUUAUCGAUCAAUACAGCAUUUGGACAGUUUUCAUUUACUCUUCGUAGGAGCUUUCUCUGUGCAAAUUAGUGGGUGAUUGUACUUCAAAACUAUUUGAUUGGCCGUAAACUUCUUCAAGCCGUUCUGUGGUGGUGAAAAGGUCUAUAUAAAUGGAAGUUCAAUGACAUGGAAGAAGAAACUUGCAAGUCCUUGAUGUGUGAUAAAUUCCAUAAAGGAGACUUAUCGAUGAUGACGCUUCCACUACAAAUGAAAAUGGUUUCCAGUUGAUUUUUGAGGCCACCCUAUUUGUGAUAUAUGUUUUAUAAAACCUUAACUGGAAAGCAUUUGGUGGGGGACUGGUUCUCUGAUCCUCACUGGUGUCCACAUAGCUUCCAUUAGAAAACAUCAAUAUUCUAGUAGAAUCCAAAGUGUAAAAUCUGGCAUACCAUUGGUGCUUUUCUCAUCCUGGCCUCAAAGUGCUUCGCAUAGUGUAUUGAUCACCCACUGUAGGAGUGCAUUAUGUCCAUCAAUCUAAUAGGCAUCCACACAAAUGUAAUUAACUGAUGUUCUUUUGACUUUACUAUGUGUAUUAAUUGAUUAUUGUUUUAUAAGGAUUUUUAUAUUUUGUUUCAAGUGUAUGAACUUUUUUCAAUGAAAAUGUAUAUUUGUAACUCCACUAUCAAAAAACAAAGUAGGGAGGAAUUGCAUAAUAAAAACUCAGUUUGAAAGGUG